UUAGUUUAAAGGGUUGCCUUGGCCUUUAUGUGAUUUUGGGUGCAGUUCAACUCAUUAAAAACCUCUAGGGUGGAUACAAGCACAUUUUUGUAGACUGGACUUUCUGGUUUUCCCUGCCAUAAUUGUGUGAGUGAGUGACUGCAAAAUGGAAGCGUCACGCGGCUGGUUUCUUGGGCUUUUCAUAGUUUUGCUCAGCACUGGAACGUUUAAGGAUAUUGUACAGGCUGAAGAGGGGCAGCAAACUGAGAAGGCAGAGGAGCAGGGGGGUCUGGAUAUUACUGGAGGUGAGGAAGAGGAUGCAUCUGAUGAUGAAGAGGGUGGAAACUCAUCUGAGGAGGUGGCUGAUGACACCGGAGAGGAUGAAGAAGGAGAUGUGAAAGCAGAUGAAGGGGAUGAUGGAGAGGAAGGGGCAGCUCCUGGUAGUGGGGCAGAGGAGGGAGUGUCUGAGAAAGAGGAAGUGGUGGAGGAAAAGAUUGAGAACGAGGAAGGAGCAGCAGAGGAGGAGGAAACAGAAGAAGCCACAGAUGACGAGAGUGAGGAAGAAGUAGAAGAGGAGGAGGUAGAAGCAGAGGAGGAGGAAACAAAUGAUGAGGAGGAGCAGAAAGAAGCAGCAGCAGAGGAGGUGGAGGAAGAAGGGCAGGAAGCAACAACAGAGGAAGAGGAAGCAGCACAACAGAUAGAGGAGGAAGAAGCAGCAAAGGAGGUGGAGGAGGAAGCACCGGCUGAGCAAGAAGAGGAAGAGGUAAAUGAGGAAGUGGUAGCUGCUGAUGAGAAUGAAGAUAAUGAGGACACUGAUGAAGAAGAAAAGGAAGCAGAUGAACAAUCAGAGGAUCUUGAACUGGUUGAGGAAAAAGAGGAGGCCAGUGAGAAUGAGGAAGCUGAAGAGUCCGUAGAGGGUACCGCUGGGGAUGACACUGAAGUAGAUUCUGAGGAGAUAAAUGUAGAGGAGGAAGAAGUACCCUCCACAGAAGAUGCAGAGUACCGCUCAGGCUCUUUCUGUAAACUUUGCUCGGUCUGUGAGCACUGUGGUAGCUGUGACAAAUGCCCCUGUGAGGAGGGAGACACAUCAGCACACUGCCAACAGUGUGAAAAUUGUUCGUACUGCUACAUUUGUCCUUUGAUCUGUGAGACAGUCUGCCAGCCAGGAAGGAUGCUUCAAACAUCAGUGGAAUUCUUGACAUAGUGAGCGGUUCUCUCUACCAGACUGUGAGUAUAUUACUCUGAAUACUCUUCACAGAACAGCGAACUACAGACUAGAAGUCAAACCAUUCAUUUGUAGUCGUAUAGGAAGUUCGGUAGGGAAGAUCUUGGAACUUUAGCUUUGUGUCCAACAUUGGGAGUGAACUUGGACAACCUAAUCCUAGAUAGAUAACUGGGAAACUUUCUGUUUACCAUUUAAAAGCACUUUAAUGAUGACUUUACAGACUGAAUGAAUAAAAACGAAAUAUGAAUAUUCAGUUUAAUUAUUGUCAUUUAUAAUAGAGAUCUGCGUUUACAAAAAUGUUCAGUUCAGUCUCAAUU